ACUGUUCAUGAUUCACCAUUUUAAAAUUAUCAUAUGUAGUGUUUGAUUUAAAAGCUAUGAACUUAAUCAUUUUAAUGAACAACACAACGCAUGCAUGAAUGGUAGAGAAAAUUUAGGGGUCGUUUGGUUUUGGUGAUAGUUAAAUCGAUGUAUUGUCAUCAAUGCAUGCAUAAUAAUAUACAUGUAUAUAAAAAAAUUGGUGUAUUGCAGGGACGGAGCCAGGAAAUUAAAUAAGGGGGGCCGGUAAAUUUUUUUGAAAACAAAUAUUAUGAUAUCUAUUGUUCCACACAAAUUAUCAAAAUAUUGACACAUAAAGCUUAUUUUGACCUAGUAGAAGACCUUUGGCAUAUUGUAUAGUUAAAAAAUAUGUUACUGCUAAUUAAAAAUGAAAAGAUUGAACUCAGUUCCUAAUGGAGAAUGGUGAAAAAAGAACUAUAAUGCCUAUGCAAAAGCAAAUUAACUUGCAAAAAUUCAGAAAAUUUAGGUUAAAAUGAAAAAAAUACCAUCUCAAAUCUUAAAUUUGUUACCAAUUUUAAAACAAUGGGCAAAAGAUAUACCAAAUGGGAAUGUUUGGUACCAUAUCGUAAGGCGUAGGAAUUUGGGGAUGAGAAGUAUGGUACCAAUUGUAAGACAAUGGGCAAAAGUUGUAACAAAUGAAAAAAAUCUCGUAAGACAUGAAAAUUUUGGGGCAAAGAUGUACCAAAAGAAAAGUUUUGGUACCAAAUCGUAAUGCAUGCAAAAUUUGGGGUUAAGAAUCAAAACAUGAUGAAUUAAAACGUUGCUGCCAACAACCAUCGAACCGACCUCAUAUCUAAAAUAAAAACUACAUGCCACUACACUACAGCUUCAGUUAUAUAGCUUAGUUGCUACCAUUUUUUCUAAUAAUUUAGGGGGGGCCAUGGCCCCCCCUACUUACACUCUAGCUCCGUCCCUGGUGUAUUGUAGUUUACAUCGUUUGGUUUCUGUGAUAGUUAUUGUAGUAUUUAAAUAAAUUAUAUCAUUUUUUUGGGUGAAAUGUCACUUUUACCCUUUGUUUUUAAUAUAAAAAAGCAACACACAUAAAAAGGUAGGGACAUAUUUGGAAGAAGAAGAAAACACAACAAUCUCCAUCAAACAAUCUCAACAAUCUCAACGAAAACUUGAGAUUUAACUAUCACUCAUUUUGAGUGACAGUUUGUGUCAAAUCAAGCAAACAAUGCAUGUAUUGUUUGCGCAGAAAAUUCAAAAAAAAAAAAAACGAUGCAUUGUAACUAUCCCAACCAAAAUAUCACCAAAACCAAACGACUCCUAUGUUUGCCAAACUGCGCUCUCUCUUUAGUUUUGAGAGUGAAGGAGCAAAUUUCUACUUUUGUAUACAUCUCCACAUGCAUUUAACGAUUUAGGAUUAUUGAGACGCAGACCCUUAAUACAGCUGCAACCACCACAUCAUAAUGUAAAACUAAUCUCAACUUACUAAUAUUAGCUUUCUUCUCUUCUAGUUAAUUAAUAACCCCCCUCCUCGUUAAUUCCCAAAUAAGAUCUGUUACGUGUACACAUGUAUAACCAUGCAUAAGUAGCCAAUUGCCGCAUGACAGCUCGUGCUGUCAAGAACUAGUUGCUCCCAAUAAUUCGAGUUGUUGGGAGAUGUUCAAUCAUAAAUCAUAUACCACAAUACUAACACGUGCAUGCAUUAUAUAUAUACAGGAGCCGAUUGGCUGCAGCACAUAGUAUUCUCCACCAAAGAAAAGAAAGAAAAAAAAAUGGCCGCUCGUCGUCCUCCUUCUUCACCAGCAAACACUCUUGCAACCGCAGCUUUCCUCCUCGCCAUCCUUCUGCCUCCUUUCUCCGUCCACGGCGACACGUCGGCACACUGUGCACCAAUAAAGGCGAGCGACAGAGACCAGAUCCAGUUCGCUCUCAACUUGGAAUUCCUCGAAGCCGAGCUGUUCCUCCACGCGGCGCUCGGUCACGGGCUGGACGAAAUCGCCCCGGAGUACGCCCUCGGAGGCCCACCUCCCGUCGGGGCCCAGAAGGCCAACCUCGGCCCAACAAUCAGGCGAAUCGUCGAGGAGUUCGGGUUCCAAGAAAUCGGCCAUUUGAGGGCGAUCUUCGAAACGGUUGGUGGAGUUCCGCGGCCGCUGUACGAUCUGAGCGCGAAGAAUUUCGGGGUGAUAUUUGAGGAAGCCGUGGGGGAAUAUUUCGGUGGGAGGUUGGAGCCGCCGUUCAACCCUUACUUGUGCGAGACCAACUUCCUGCUGGCGUGCUACUUGAUUCCGUACGUGGGGCUGAAUGGAUACGUUGGCACCAUCCCCAACUUGGCCAAAUACACAUCUCGAAGGCUAGUGGCCGGUCUGUUGGGAGCGGAGGCAGGACAAGACGCAGUAUUCCGAACACUCCUCUACGAGAGAUCCCACGAACAAGUGCAGCCGUACGACAACAUCACGGUGGCGGAUUUCACGGCGGCGCUCUCGCAGCUGCGCAACCGCCUCGGGAUGUGCGGCCUCAAGGACGAAGGCCUGUGGGUUCCGCCGGAGCUCGGGGCCGAGAACAGGACGGAGAGCAACGUCCUGUCGCUGGACUUCAACUCCCUGGCUUACGCGCGCACGCCGCCGGAGAUUCUGAGGAUCGUCUACGGGACGGGCGACGAGCACAGGCCCGGCGGGUUCCUGCCACGUGGCGGGAACGGUAAGAUCGCCAUGGACUUGCUUCAAGAUGGUAAAUGCUAGGUAAUUAAUGUUGUUAAUUAAGUUUAGGGUUUUUAAAUAAAAACAAUGCAGACAGUGUACUAAGUACUAUUGUUAUCUACCAUGUGAGUGCUGAUUGGGUUCUAAGAGUGUAUGUGUGUAUUCUCAAAAUUUAUGUAUUGUGUAGGAUACAAAUGAUUGUGAGAAUAUAGUAUUUGUUACUUGUAUUUUCAGCUUAAGUUGCCAGAAUUACUCAUAUAAUUGUAUCUUAAAACUAUUAUCUUAUUAUUACCUAAUAUUUAGAUAUCAUUUUGCUCCAUUGAUCAAUCCAUCAGUCCAUAAAUUCACUAGUCCAUA